ACCAACUACACAGUACUGUAUAAGCCCCGGAGCUGACAAAUGCCCUGUCAGCCCAUGUGACAUGGGCAGCGUCCAGCUCCUACAGACUCUGACCGAGUCGUUCAUCGCGCUCUCCGACGAGGUCCAGUCGCUGAUCGAUCGCAAGACCAUUUUAGAACACAAGUUGCGCUACGCACACGAACAGUAUCAGUGCCUUGCCGACAAGUAUGCACCGGCCGUGCCCGAGGUCGCCGAAAUCCUAGCACAGAUACAGCUUCCCCCAGAUCUUAAUCCGCAUCCCGCAGCUGCAACCGCCGCGGUGCCCUUACCGAGGCGCGGCCAGGCCGGUAACAAUCAACAUCAGAUCGCACUGCUCAUCAGGGAGGGUCGCAAAGCCGCCCAGGAGCUGGUGGCCGGCAUAGUCGGUGCGAACGCCAGCAGGGAGGGGUCAACUUCCCUGGGGAUGGAGGGCUUAGCGUCUGUGUCCACGGUCCUCGAGAAGGACUUCACUGUCGAAGGCAAAAAGGGCGCCCUAGCCUGCCCAUUCUCAGCCAAGCCGGAUCAAAAUGGUGGCCUUCGUUCUGGCGCUCAGCGGGUCGACGGCUCUCAGGAUCCAGCCGGCGCAGCCGACCCAACGCCGCAUAAAUCUUCUGAUCCCAUUUGCGCUGCCAUGCUCGAAGAUAGCACCAAACCCUCCCUUUCUGCUCCCUCCAAGUGCCCCAUUCGUUUCCUAGACAAGCACUCGCCCGAGGAGAUUGCCCGCUAUGUUGAAACGCACAAGCAUGCGAUCCCUCGGAGCCAUGAGGUCUGCGUCAGGCGGUACCAGAGGAACGAGGAACAGGUCAAGAAGCUCGAUGCCAAGUACGGGAACCUUGUGAACAUGGUCAAGGAUCUCAGCCAGCUGCACCGCCCGUUGAUGCCGCCGUCGCAGGACGACCUGAAGGAAGCCGACAGAGCUUCAAACAAGAGAGUAGAAGACUGGGCCCAAACCGUCGUGGCCGGCAACCCGGAGCCAGAGGACGGACCCGAGCCCCCCGUAGACGAAGAGCGCGAGGCCCGCUUUGACCGCCCCUUGCGGGAUGUGCGGGUCGGAGAAUCGCCCAGCCGGCCAUGGGGGAUAUCGGUACCCUUGGAGGCAGGUCUUCGGCAGCGCGAGCCGUCUCCGAAACCCGUGGAAGACGUUGCUCAAGCGGAUAAGGAGGCCUCGGGCCCUCCAAAGUGCCCAUUUGAUCAUACCAAGAUGUUUACGGGAGCCGCCAGGCGAGAGGACACUGCGGAGCAGCCCUCCCCCACAACGAAGCCGGACGCGCCGCCGCCGAGCACGCCUCAGCCCACGUUCGUCAACCUUCCCGAGGCGCCGGCAGCGAACAGGGACAGGGCGGACCGGCCGCAGGUCGUUUUCAACAUUUCCGGGCCUGUCUUCAUUGGGUACCCCAUGGAGCAGGCCAUUGAGUUUAUGAAGCAGUUUCAGGGUCGUUGAAAGGGUCACGAGCUGGGGUGGCAUCGCCUACAUGGUUUAUUGUCUUCCUUUUCUUUUCUUUUUUUUUUUUUUUUUU